UCCAGCUCUAAAACUCGUUUAUGUUCAUCAUCAGCAUCAUCGUCUAUCUGCAAAACACCUUUACGCUAUCGUUGACGUCUCAGAUGCUCCAAUAAGCUUCUCUAUCUUUCCCAUGGUAACCUAACUAUCUAAUCAGCUCUCACUUUAUUCAUCUUUUCAUCCUCCUCUUACCUUACAGUUUCUGCUGCUGCAUUCGCAUCGAUUUUUUUUCCAUGAUUUGUUUCCGUUCUAGAUAAGAUCAUGUCCUUUUCCCUCUCUAAUCAACGAUUCGUGAUCUCCAUUUUGAUCUAUCACCUGUGGAUUUGAAUCUCAGUAAGGGAUUGUGGUAUUAUUAGAAAUCUGUGUUGUUCGAUUUGGGUUUUUUGAGAAUUUUGAGGGGAUUUGUGUCGACAUGGAUUUUCCGGAAAAUUUGCCAUCGGAUAUUGGAAGAUUAGAGCAGAUUGUAUCUCACUUCUUCCCAAAGGCAUUGCACAUCGUCCUCGACUCCAGAAUCCCUUCGUUGCAAUCCCGUGGUCGUACUCGUGAGCGUUUAUCGGGUCUCAGUGUCAAAAAGAGCGAUAAAUGGUUCAAUCUCGUGAUGGGAGAUCGUCCUGCAGCGUUGGAGAAGCUUCAUUCUUGGCAUAGGAACGUCUUGGAUUCGAUGAUCAUUGAUAUCAUACUUGUCCAUCCGAUUUCAAGCGAUAAUUCAGAUGAUGAUCAUGGCAAUGUAAGAUCAGCUGAGACUGUGAUCGAGCGUUGGGUUGUUCAGUAUGAGAAUCCACUCAUUAUGUCUCCUCAGAACUCUGAUUCUUCUACGCGUUACCAGAAAGUUUACAAGAAAUCAAUCAUUCUAUUGCGUUCUCUUUAUGCGCAGACACGGCUCCUCCCUGCGUAUCGUGUCUCUAGGCAGCUGAGCUCGUCUCUCGCCUCUUAUGGUUAUGAUCUAAUCUACAAGGUUUCAUCUUUCAGUGAUAUAUUCUCUGGUCCAGUGACUGAAACUAUGAAAGAGUUUCGUUUUGCGCCAGUUGAAGUGCCUCCUGGACGUCUUUGCGCCUCGGUUACUUACCGUUCUGACUUAUCGGAUUUCAAUCUCGGUGCUCACAUCACAUUGCCUCCAAGAAUCAUUACCGAUUAUGUAGGAAGUCCUGCGACAGAUCCUAUGAGGUUUUUUCCUUCUCCAGGGAAAAGUGUUGAAGGCACAUCGUUUCCAGUUAGAGCUGGUCGGCCUCCAUUGACUAGCUCAUCUGCUGAGCGUCCGCAUAGCUGGACAAGCGGCUUUCACAGACCUCCAGGGCAUCACGCCACACCAAACCAGUCUUUCUCGCCUGCUCAUUCGCAUCAGUUUUCACCAGGCGGGUUACACGAUUUCCACUGGUCACGUACAGAUGGUUUUGGUGACAAUCACCAGCUUUCUCCUCCUUUUUCGCCAUCGGGUUCUCCUUCUACGCCGAGAUACAUUUCAGGUAGUAACAGUCCUCGGAUUAAUGUGAGGCCAGGGACUGCUCCAGUGACCAUUCCUUCUUCAGCCACUUUCAAUAGAUACGUUUCAUCUAACUUCUCUGAGCCAAGUAGGAAUCCACUCCCUCCUUUUUCUCCCAAAAGCACGAGACGCUCCCCUUCAUCGCAAGACUCUUUGCCUGGUAUUGCAUUGUACAAGAGUUCGAGAAGCGGAGACUCUCCUUCUGGAUUGAUGAACCACUACCCUGCACAGAAGCUGACAAAGGACAGCAAAUAUGAUUCGGGCCGGUUCUCUGGACUGCUGUCUUCAAGUGGCUCACCAAGAUUCGGGUUUUCUAGAAGCCCCAGUAGAUUAUCUUCCCAAGACGACUUGGAUGACCCUGAUUGUUCCUGCCCUUUUGAUUUCGAUGAUGUUGAUGAGUCAGGACUUCAGUACAGCCAAAGUCUUGACCGGAGGAAAACUUCAAGCUCUAUAUCACAGUCGCUACCUAUAGUGAGAAAGUCACAGGAUGCAGCAGUUGGGGUUCUGGUUCACAUGCUGAAGACAGCACCACCAUUACGACAAGACUCAAGCACUUACAUGGCGUCAAUGUCUGGAGUUCAGAGAGAAGGGUCGGUGUCAAUAUCAGUAUCAGGUACAGAAUCUGAAUUUUCUAUGGCUCGAAGCACAUCAGAUGCACUUGAGGAGCUGAGAAACUACAAGCAGCUCAAAGACUUGCUUCUAUCUAAAUCCAAGAGUGUUGGUGGAGCAACUCGUGUCCACUGAGCUAAACCAAGGAGCAAUCAAGAUAUGAGUUUAUCGGAUGAAUGUUUGUAUAUAUGGGAUGUGAUGACGAAUACUUUUUAACUCUUUUGUAAAUGCAGUGCGUUCACGUUUUUCGUUUCUUCUGUAAAAGAACUUGCCUUUGACUAUGCACAUAAUUACUAAUAAUAAAGUUUGAACCUCUUCA